UUCUCCUGUUCAUGUUCUCACCACUUAUCAUACGGAAUAAAAACCUUGUUAAUCUGGGAUUUUCUUCAAUCUGAAUUCAGUAAAACAGAUUUAAUCUCAGACUGAUUCUUCUUGUGGGACUAGUUUUAUUAGGAUCCUACUAGUUGUCUGGUGUGGAUAUAAUACCAGUCGGUCUCUGAGAUGGAGUCCAGAACUCUUCUACUUGUUCUGGGUCUUCAUUUCACUCUACUGGGGAACAUAGAGGCCAGAGUUUGCGGCCUGGGCUUCAUUGCCAAUGGGAGUCAACAAUGUGAUGAUAUAGAUGAGUGUAAAGAGUUGGACAGUAACCCACCCUGUGGAAGUAAUGCCGCAUGUUACAACACAUAUGGAAGCUUCUACUGUCACUGUCUACCUGGGUUCAUAUCCACAACGACUUUCAAGUUUACUCCUUUCACUGGGGAGUGUAAGGACCUCAAUGAGUGCCUGGAGAAACCACCGGUUUGUGGCAGCAACACCAUUUGCCUCAACACCAUCGGGAGCUUCAAAUGCCAAUGUCAACCUGGGUUCAGAGUUACUUACAAUGGACACUGUGCAGACAUAGAUGAGUGUAAUGAGAUCGCUGGUAUCUGUGGAGUGGGCGGGGACUGCCAGAACCAGAAAGGAAGCUACAGUUGCCUCUGUCACCCUGGAUACAGUAACUACGACAACAAACAGGCUCAGUGCUCAGUACUGACCUGUGACCAGUUCAAAGCGAAUGCGACUCCUGGACAGAAUGUCCCAGGUUUAGCUGGUCUCCUGUCUCUGAUGAGGAACAGCUGUCUGGCAUUAAGUAACUCUGGGGAAGCACCGGAGGGAGACACUGGAGAGGUGUUACUGGACAAACCAAAUGUCUUCACGGAGAUGGACGGCCUCUUGUCUCAUGCUAUCCUAAACAACAGCCGGGAGGUGAGUGGGUUGCUAGGCACCGUGGAGGACGCCAUGAGGUUCAUCGGGCCGCAGCUCAGAGACACCCACACCACCAUGGAGACAGACCACACAGCGACUGAGCUUGCAGUGAGGAGGGGACAGACUCCGCCCACUGGGCCAAUCAGCCUGGCCAAUGACAACGCUCGGCUGGACACCAGCUGGGAGACAGCCACCGGCAACGGGACAUACCCAGGUUUCGCUCUGGCUGGGUUGGUGUGUUACAAGACAGUGGAGAAAUCUGUCAACAACUCCUUCCAGUACCUCACUGACACAGACACAAACAGAGGCACAGCAACCGCCACAGCAUCAAAGCCUAGCUACCAGAUCAGUUCCAAGGUGGUAACAGCCUUUGUCAGUAACCCAGCAACAGAACACCUCACCAAGCCUGUCAUCCUCACCUUCAAACAUCUACAGGUGAGGGCGGAGUCAAUGGAGAUGAACUACACCUGUGUGUUCUGGUCGGAGGGGCGUGUCCAUGAAGAGGGAGGGGCGUGGUCAAGUCGUGGCUGUACCAAAGUCACAUCUAACGCUACACACACCGUGUGUUCCUGUUCCCACCUUAGCAGCUUUGCUGUUCUCAUGGCCCUCUACCCUGUACAGAACACCUUUGAGCUGCGUCUGUUGACGUGGCUGGGUCUGUCGGUGUCUGUGGUGUGUCUGUUGCUGUGCAUCCUGACAUUCUGGCUGUGUCGGUCCAUCCAGGGGACACGCACCACCAUCCACCUCCACCUCUGUGUCUGCCUCUUCAUCGCUGACCUCGUCUUCCUCAGCGGUAUCUCACACACACAGAGCAAGGGAGGAUGUGGGUUUGUAGCAGGUCUCCUCCACCUGUUCUUCCUAGGAUCCUUCAGUUGGAUGUUGUUAGAGGUUCAGCUCUAUCGCAUGGUGGUCCUGGUCUUCAACACUACCAUAAGACCUCUGUACCUGUAUGCUGUGGGAUAUGGACUGCCACUGGCUAUAGUCAUCAUCUCUGCUAUCACCUACCCAGAUGGAUACGGUACCACACAACACUGUUGGCUGUCUCUGGAGAGAGGAUUCAUCUGGAGUUUCUUCGGCCCAGUGUGCACCAUCAUCUUCCUCAACGCUUUCAUCUUCAUCAUCACUGUCUGGAGGCUGGCCCAGAAGUUCUCUAGUCUCAACCCUGACCUCUCCAACCUACGCAAGAUCAAGGUGUUCACAGUGACAGCAGUGGCCCAGCUGUGUGUGUUGGGUACUAUGUGGAUAUUUGGAGUGUUCCAGUUCCAAGAGGAGGGGACAGUGGUCAUGACAUAUCUCUUCACUAUCCUCAACUCUCUACAGGGAGCACUGCUGUUCAUCAUGCACUGCCUACUGAACAAAACGGUUAGAGAGGAGUAUUGCAAGCUGCUGUCCUGUAUCUGCACACCACAGAAGAAGAGAUACUCAGAAGUCAGCAAUACCAACCCUUCUUCCAGCCAAUCCCAGGGGUCAAGGAGCGCAGAGAACACGGGGAGUCGCAGAUAUGACGUCACCAAACCCCCAUAA